AUGAAGUUAUCAUGGAAGAAAACCAAGAAAGUGGAUCUCCUGUGCGCGUUGAUCGACCAUACACCCAUUACUGAAAGCGAAUUUACAAGGAAGCAACCGAAAAAAUAUAUUUCAACCCUUGCGUCAUUAUGCAAAAAGGCCAUAACUAAGAAAACGUUUCCCAAGUCUGUUCUUUGCGCCGCGUACGCUUCAUACACUUUCCCUAAAGAUUUCAAGGAAUGGCAGGCCAAAUCACCGAUAGACGCUGGAAUUCAAAUUGAAGGGUUCGAGAGAUGUGUUCCGUUCUGGUAUUCAUUUCCAGAGUUAAAUGAAACUACCGGCGAGCUUCUGGCUAAGAGCAUUGACUGUUCACACAAUUUAACUCAUCUCCGUGUUCGAACAUGUACGACGGGGAUUGCAGGCGUUUCCAGUGAUGGAUUUAAGGCAUGCGCACGUUCGAAUGAGACACCUCUUUCAUUACCUCUUGUCGAAGACCUUGUAGAUAAACAGAGCGUCCCUAACGCAAGGACACAGUUUUCAAUGGAAGUUGAGAAAUGGUUAUCAGCGAACGAUUAUCUGCAUGCAGCAAACCUCGCACGUCAUGUCAGGAAUUGGUAUGAAGCUAGCGACAAGGCUGGGAUGCUGGCUUUCGAAAGGGUACAGAAGUUACUCGAGAUGAGGGAUUUCUUACUGACUGGCAUAGACUUUGGCCAGUUUCCACCUCCCGGGAGAUACAUAAAACAAAUCCCUAUCGUUACGUUCGAGGGAAUGUGCAUUGAUAUAGAUACAAAACUUCAAAUGUAUGGGAUGGCAGGUACGUACAACAUACGCAGUGUGGAAUCUCUUGCAGCAGAAACAACGGUAGGGAUACUGCAGAGUUUAAGUCCAAUCAGCCAAGUCCCCAUCAAAGCACGGGAUGUCCCUUCACUUAUGUCCAACGUUGCAGAAGUGAUGACUUGCAAGAUGUCGACAGACAGGGGAUUCUACAUGCGUACGUCAAGGAAUAGUGGUGUGUAUCCAGUACAUGAGAGUGACGUUCAAGCAGACCAAGAUGACGCCACGGUGGCUUCAAAAUCAACGAGUAACCUCCUGACUAAAUUCUCCACUAACAUAGUUCUUCGUGACCAUCCCUUCGACAAACCAGAGAGAGGACGUGUCUCGAGAAAAAUGAGAUUUGGUACCAUUUCCAAGCCCAUGGAACCUUCCCGAGGAGCAAUGCCAGUUCGCCAGUGGCACAAAACAGACGAAUCUAAAAUACUGGCCACAAAAAGGCUUGGAAUAGGCAUACAAGAAUUGUUGUGA